AUGAGUUGGCAACCAGUACAAGCAGAUGAUCUCCAACAAAUUCUAUCCUUGUUAAGACAAUCCCAAUCACCGGAUACGCAAAUUCAACGCCAAGUCCAAGCACGAUUAGAAUCACUAAACCAAUAUCCCGAUUUUAACAAAUAUCUUGUUUAUAUUUUAACGAAAUUACUUGAUGAACAAGAAGCAACACGUUCGUUAUCAGGAUUGAUCUUAAAAAAUAAUGCUAAAUCUCAUUAUGAGAAAUUUCCUGACGAAGCUCGAGCGUAUAUCAAACAAGAGUGCCUAUCUGCAUUAGGUGAUCGUUCGCCAUUGAUUCGUGCGACAGGUGGUAUAUUAAUCACAACGAUAGUGACAAAAGGUUCGCUGGAACAAUGGCCGACACUCUUAGAACAUUUGUAUUCAUGUUUGGACUCGCCGGAUGUGAAUCUUUGCGAAGGUGCAUUCGGUGCAUUGCAGAAAAUCUGUGAAGACAGUGCGGAUCAACUGGAAAAUGCUCCAUCACAACCGUUGAACGUUUUAAUCCCAAAAUUUAUCCAAUUCUUUCGUCAUUCUCAUGCAAAAGUUCGAUCCCAUGCCAUCGCUUGUGUUAACGAGUUCAUCACUCCACGUGCAACAGCAUUGAUGUCAAACAUAGAUUUAUUUCUUGAAAAUUUAUUUCAAUUAGCCAAUGACACCGAUUCCGAUGUCCGAAAACACGUUUGUCGCGCGUUGGUAAUGUUAGUUGAAGUUCGAAUCGAACGUUUACUUCCUCAUAUGCAACAAAUCAUCGAGUACAUGUUAUUAACAUCUCAAGACACCGACGAUACAGUUGCUUUAGAAGCGUGUGAAUUCUGGUUGAUGAUCGCUGAUCAAGCCAUCUGUCGAGAUAUUCUUCAGCCGUAUUUAGAUAAACUUUUACCUGUUCUUUGUAAAAAUAUGAAAUAUUCUGAAAUGGAUGUGAUUAUUUUACAAGGUGAUAUCGAUGAAGAUGAACACAUACCUGAUCGAAUUGAAGAUAUUCGUCCUCGAUUUCAUCGGACACGUUCACGACAACAUGCGCAGAACAUUUCCGAUGAUAUCAACUUAAUUGAUACAAAUAAUAAUUCGACAGCUGCUACACCACCAAAUAGCCAAGCAGAACAACAACUACAAGACGAGAAUGAGAAUAAUGACGACGACGACGAUGAUGACGACGGAUCAGGUGCAAAUGCUGAUCAAGCAACCGAGUGGAAUUUACGGAAAUGUUCGGCAGCAGCUCUUGAUAUUCUUUCGAAUGUCUUUCGUGAUAAUAUUCUCCCGAUUUUAUUACCAAUUUUACAGGAAAUGUUGUUUCAUAGCAAUUGGCAAAUCAAAGAAAGCGGAAUUCUUGUUCUGGGUGCUAUCGCUGAAGGUUGUUCCUAUGGUUUAAUUCCUCAUUUACCUGAUCUAGUGGAUUAUUUGAUUAAAUGUUUAAAUGAUAAAAAGCCAUUGGUUCGCUCGAUUACCUGUUGGACAUUGUCAAGAUAUUCGACAUGGAUCGUACGAAAUGAAGCUCAACAUAAUCAAUUUUUAAUUCCAUUGAUGUCGGAGUUAUUAAAAAGAAUCUUAGAUGCGAAUAAGAAAGUACAAGAAGCAGCAUGUAGUGCAUUUGCAACUCUAGAGGAAGAAGCAUGUGUUCAAAUGGUUCCGUACUUAAAACAGAUCCUUGAAACCUUAGUUCACGCUUUCCGAAAAUAUCAAGCUAAGAAUUUAUUAAUUCUCUACGAUGCAAUCGGAACAUUAGCGGAUAGUGUGGGUUCACAUUUGAAUCGUCAUGAUUACAUCGAAUUGCUAAUGCCACCGUUGAUCGACCGAUGGAACAUUUUACGAAAUGAUGACAAAGAUCUCUUUCCAUUACUCGAAUGUCUCUCAUCGAUUGCAACUGCUCUGCAAACAGGUUUUCUUCCGUACUGUGAACCUGUUUUUGUUCGCUGUAUUAUCCUUGUGCAACAAACCUUAGAAGCAAAUGGACAAGAUGGAUCACCUGACAAAGAUUUCAUGAUUGUCGCUUUAGAUUUACUCUCUGGUUUAGUAGAAGGCUUAGGUUCAAAUAUUGACACUCUUGUUGAACGAUCAAAUCUGUUAACUUUACUUGAACGUUGUGCUCAAGAUCCCAUGCCUGAAGUUCGUCAAAGUUCCUUUGCACUAUUGGGUGAUUUAACUAAAGCGUGUUUUCGUCAUGUGCAAAAGCAUUUGAGCUUCUUCUUACCAAUCUUAACUCAAAAUCUCAAUCCUCAACACGUCAGUGUGUGUAAUAAUGCAAUCUGGGCGAUCGGCGAAAUCGCGAUUCAAAUCGGUGCUGAAAUCCAACCAUUUGUCUCCGUUAUCCUCGAAUCGUUAAUCUUAAUCAUCAAUCGACAUAUUACACCGAAAACUCUUUUAGAAAACACUUCCAUUACCAUCGGACGUCUAGGUCUUGUUUGUCCGAAUGAUGUUUCUUCCCAAUUAGCACGAUUCAUUCGUCCGUGGUGCAUUGCAUUGAGAAAUAUUCGUGAUAAUGAAGAGAAAGACUCGGCAUUUCGUGGCAUAUGCAAUAUGAUCGUUUUGAAUCCAUUGGGUGUGACAAAUGAGUUCAUUUAUGUAUGUGAUGCGAUCGCGUCUUGGGAAAAACCACCAAUGGAAUUGUACACGAAGUUUCGAGAUAUUUUAUACACAUUUAAACAAGAAUUUGGGGAUGAACAAUGGAAGCAAUUGACGGAUCGAUUUCCGUUACCACUUAAACAACGUCUUCAAGCGCAUUAUGGUAUUUAA